GCGUCUCCACGCGCUGGAUCAGGAACAUAAAGAGAGGAACACGCCGUGCCACAGCCUCUCCAGAAGCUCCCCCGAAAAAGUCGCCUGCCUCACUCCCGUUCCUCUCCCACUCAAGAUGCACGGCCAGAACUGCGGUAGGGCGAUGGCUGCCUGGUGCUUGGUGGUGCUGGUCCUUCUCCAGCAGGUGUCCACUAGUCCUGUUCCGAAGCAGGACGACCCCUCUACCCACCUCCAGAGUGGAGGGCUACUAAGGCGGGUCGCCCGCAUGACUCCCCUAUGGAGGAUCAUGGGAAGUAAGCCCCACGGGGCCUACUGUCAGAACAACUACGAGUGUUCCACAGGAAUCUGCAGGGGUGGCCAUUGUUCCUUCAACCAGCCCAUGAAAUCUUAAAAGCAGUAACAAGCUGCCGUCAUUUUUUCUCCAGACAGAGAAGACUGGUCUCCUGUAGACUAAUAGCAAUUUUUUUUACGCAAGUCUGGCUACCAGAGCACAACACAUAGAGAUGCAAUCAGAUGAAACCAUUUCUUUUUCAUUGGAAAAAAAAUCCUAUUAGGGAGGCAUGUUGGCAUGUACACAUGAAUAGGUAGAGGUGGGACAUGCUAAAAAGCUGGACAUGCUAAAUGCAGCUGCAAGGUGAUUGAACAAAAGUGGUAUUAUCGAAUGACUUCAAAGGAAGUAUUUUUUUUUCCUCUCUCAAAAAGACAUUUUUAAAGGAAACCAGCGUGUCCAACAGCUUAGGGCUUUAAGAUAUGGUUUAUAGCUACUGUUUGACAUAAAUUUUCAGUCUCUUCCAAAAAGCUGAGCAUGGAAAGACCAUAAUUGUAGUUGGAAUCAGGGUGAGCCAGCUCUCUCUCUGCCAAAGCAUUUUUCUGUGAUAACGUACUGCAUUCCUCUUCUCUGGUGUGCCUUGUCCCUCCGACACCGGUGUUAUUCACAGCGCAUAAACAGAAUCGUACUUUAUAAGGUGCUGCAAGCACGCAGCUUGUGAGGCACUAGCACGAUUUCCUUGCUGAUGUAACUGGAACGGUCUCUGGAGCUGAACGUGAGCUUUCAGGCGAUGUGAGCAGAGAGAACAGAUCAAAGUCAAUGUCAUUGAACCACAGAUGGACACGGAGUGAAAAAAAAAGGACAAGGGUCUAUGGCAGUAUUUUAACAGGUCCGCUGAUGUUUUAUAUGUUUGCACACACAUUUAUUUUUGUAUUUAAGCUGUUUAACUGAGUGCCUAUUUAUCUAAUAUAUGAACUUGUCUGUUUUAGUGCUAUCAAAUACUCAGGUGCGUGAAGUGUAUCUUCAAAUGACUCAUCCUCUACUGUUCUCCAGUCUCAUAAAUGCAGAACAAAUACGAUUUUGUUCCAGUUCAUAAUCUUACAAAGCCCUAUUUUACUUAUUUGACUCAUUUCUACUCUUGGUGUUCCUAUGUCACAUUUCACUUGCACAUUUCAUAUUUAUGAAUUGGGAUGCAUGUCUGUAAAGCUCCUCAAUCCAUUGUACGCAACAGCUACCGGGUGAUACAUGUAAUAUCUUAUGUGUUAACAGUUUGAUUUGAAGUGAGUUUGGUGAGUUUAUGCUUUUUAGAACGAAGAAGUGUUAGAAUGAAUGGCACAUUGUUCGUUGAUUUGCCCUGGGCUGAAGACACUGGGUUGCCAAAGCAUACAGAUAUGUUCUGUGAUGCCAUCUCUUAUGUGUUUAGCUUAGAUAUUUCUGUAAAACUGUACUGUAAAAAAUUACCAUCUUUGUACUGUGGCUUAACACAUGCACAUUGCAUGCUCUUUGUUGAAUUAAAAAAUGUAAAUCUAAGUUUGACAUUUUCACAAU